AAAAGAAAAGAUCCCUUCAAAAAACGUUAUAGCGCCAUUUUUCUGUUAAGUAUUUUUGCACGGCUCUACCUUAUCAACAAUUUGUGGUUCAAACUCUCAAUGCUCCCGCAAAACAAGACAACAAAAUAAUUGUACAAAUUGCGUUUGAAUAAUAAAUUCGACUAGAAUUGCCCAGCAGCUGGUUUUUCGAGUUUAAAAAUAAAAAAUAUAUUAAAGCUGUGCCCCUAACCCUAAACCAUAGUACUUACCUUUCCAUCACUCGUGUGUUUUUCAAAGUUUUGCUCUUUUUUUUGUUACUCAUGAACUAUUAACGAUUUUCACCACUUGAAGUUGAUUGAAUCAUCUGAGAGUACACAAUUUAAGAAAUAUUUAAAACAAUUACCACUAGCUACGUACAAAAAGUUACUGUUUUGGAGGGAAAAUAAGAAUUAAGAGGCAUAAAUAAGGAAAUAUGUUUGGUGGAACGAAACCUACAUUUGGCCAAGCACCGGCAAACACUGGAUUUGGCUUCAAUAGCACGACCACUGCAUCACCAUUUGGACAGUCGACAUUUGGAAAGCCAGCUACUGGUGGAUUCGGACAAGCUCCUGCAUUUGGACAGCAACAAAACACUUCGUUGUUUGGCGGAGCUCAAAACCCUAAUCCUGGACUAUUUGGAGCUAGCACAUCUACAGCAUUUGGAGCAACAACAACAGCUCAGCCAUCGUUCGGAGGAUUCUCCCAACAGCCUCAGCAGAAUACUUCAAUUUUCGGAGCCGCUCAACCCGCCGCACCACAAACAUCGCUCUUUGGUCAGCCGUCUACAUCCGCCUUUGGCGCAGCCAAGCCAUCGGGCUUUGGAUUUGGCCAAACAGCAACACAACCAACAACAUCGCUCUUUGGUCAAGCUCAGCCAACUAGCACAGCUGGAUUUGGUUCGUUCGGCCAAGCCGCUCAACCAACCAAUGCCUUCGCUAGUACUGCGACUGCAUUUGGCCAACCAACAGCAUCUGCUGGCAAUGCAACUGGCUCCGUUUUGGUUAAAUAUCAGCCCACCAUUGGAACCGAUACUCUGAUGAAAGGUGGGACUCCCAAUAAUGUCAACACGAAACAACACUGCAUCACAGCAAUGAAGGAAUAUGAAGCGAAAUCCCUGGAAGAAUUACGUUUCGAGGACUAUUUGGCAAAUCGUAAGGGUCCGCAAGCUGGAACAUCAACUGGGUUUGGUGGAUUUGGGGCAGCUCAGACAACCGCUAAUAGCGGAGGUCUGUUCGGUGCAAGCACUCAACAGACAACUGGACUUUUUGGUCAGCAACAGCCAGCCCAACAGCCCACAGAAAACAAGAACCUCUUUGGGACAAGCAUCUUUGGACAGCCUGCACCAGCAUUUGGUGGAGCAGCUCAAGCUAAUAACAGUUUUUUGGCAAAGCCCUUCUCAACUCCGGCAACCUCCACAACUGGAUUUGCAUUCGGAUCAACUCAGCCUGAUAAUUCGGCAAAUAAUCCCUUCGGGGCGAAGCCAGCUUUUGGCCAGACACAAGCUCCUAGUCUAUUCGGACAGCCAGCGACUCAGAAUACUGCAGCACCAGCCUUUGGACAGACCAACACAGCUGGGUUCGGAGGUUUUGGUGCUUCUGCUCAGCAAACCUCUGUAUUCGGUGCCACUGCAACCGACAACAAGCCAUCCUUCGGUCUGGCAGCUUCCACAGCCAACACCGGUUUCGGAGGGUUUGGAACGAAUGUCAAUACCAGCACUGCUGGUGGAGGGUUAUUUGGCCAAAAGCCUGCACCGGCGUUUGGAAACACUUCUGCGUUUGGAGCCACCGCCCCGACCACCGGAUUCAGCAACUUCCAGAACAAUCAAGCGGGUUCAUUAUUCAAUUCGAGUUUGAAUAAACAACCAACGACCGGAUUUGGUGGUUUCGGAACGCAAACUUCCACCGCUCCGCUAACAUUCAACACCGGACAACCCUCGUUGUUUGGCAACACCGCCAACAAACCACUAUUCGGGAAUACCUUACAAACUGGAAAUACCACUGGAGGACUAUUUGGCGGUGGACAGAGCAUGUUUGGAAAUAAUAACACAAUGAGUGCCUUUGGUACUUCAACUCUAGGAGGGAACACAUCAUUGGGUGCAGGUCAACAGCAGAAUUCUAUUCCAAUUCAUCAGCACAUUCUCUCAAAGGUCACAUCACCCUACGGCGACAAUCCUAUAUUCAAAGACCUAAAACGAAACGAUGAAACCGAUGCCCUGAGAGCUACUAAUCCAGUGGCGCAAAAAGCUAUUCUUGAAUCGACUGGUUCCCAGUUUAAAAUCUCAGCUAAGCCCAGCUCUAACUCGAUUAAAAUUAAACCAGUUGGCAGUGCUUUGACUAAGAAAGCUCUCUUUGAAGGUCUAGAAGAAUUCGAUAGCAGUGUAGAAACAUUCAGCUUGAAACCGAACGCCAAGCGUUUGGUAAUCAAACCCAAACCAAGCACUCCGAAUACGUCACUUAGUGGUGUGUCGGGUACUCCGCAAAGCGCAAAACCUUCUGUAAUUGCUCCUAGCUCUGCUACCAGUUCGAAUGCAAAUCAACGUAAUAAUGAAUCGUUUUCGGGUGAAAUCCCACAAGAGAAUAUUCCACCAUCCAAUAAGGAUGCAGAUACAAGUCGCCGAGAGUCAUGGCUUCAUCCGAAUAACUUGGAAAAAGUCCGUCAACAAAAUGUACACCACAAGGCAGAUGCUGUUUUAAAUAAUACCCUUACAGAAUUGGUUCCACGCAAGUCAUCCGAAUUGCCCUUUGGAACCACUGAAGAAGCAGGAAAUGUGUCACGUAAGGAUUCGUCACUCAGCAAGACUGUUUCAUAUAAUGAAACAGUGAGCGAAAGUUACAUCUCUAAUCGGUCAUACACAGAGGAUCGCAACGAUGAUUCGGUUUAUUUAAGUUCAGAACCCCAUCCAACGGGUAUUGUGCUGCGACGAGUUGGAUAUUAUACAAUACCAUCUCUUGACGAUUUGAAGUCUUACUUGGCGGAAGAUGGAUCUUGUGUAGUUCCGAACUUCACAAUUGGACGUGAAGGCUAUGGUAAUGUCUAUUUCAACAAAGAAAUGGAUGUUGCCGGCCUUAAUUUAGACGAAAUUGUUCACUUCCGAAACAAAGAGGUUAUCAUUUAUCCAGAUGAUGAUAAUAAACCACCGAUUGGGAGUGGUCUAAAUCGUGAGGCACAAAUAACCUUGGAUCAAGUUUGGCCACAUGACAAAACUAAACAUGAACCAAUCAAAGAUCCUCAACGUUUGGCCGAAAUGGACUAUGAAUUGAGAUUGCGACGUGUUUGCGAUAAGAAUGAUAUUCGUUUCAUUGAAUACCGCCCGGAGACGGGUAGUUGGGUGUUCAAAGUGAAACACUUUUCAAAAUAUGGCAUCAAUGACAGUGAUGAAGAGGAUGACAUACCAACUGAUCCCAAGAAGGCUAAAAUGAAUAUCAAAGAAGGGGAUCCAGGGGCCUUCAAAAAUGGAAAGAGUGGCGAAAAUCAAGUUGGGGCAGCUGGAGGAGUGGUUGCUGUUGGAGGAAAACAGGAUCCCAAAUCAGCUGCCAUGAAUUUCGAUGAAGCCGAAUUUAUGCUAAUGGACAAGACUCAGUUUCUCCAAAAUUCCGUGCAAAGUGACUUCUCCUAUUUCGAUACAUCCAAACGAAACAACCUUACAAGCCCAACAGCAAUCUUAGCUAAUGGCAAUGGUACUGACUCACACAAAUUACAACUAAUGAAGGCCUCUUUGUUUAUUGACGAUGAUAUGGAUUCUAAAUCUGUGAUGUCUGAGAAAAACGAUGAACGUGAUAACAUGGAUAUGAGUGUAAGGAAUCGUUUGUUUCUAACACACGAUCACGAUCAAUACUCGUCAUCGCAGUCAUUGUGGAAAGAUGGCUAUGCCAAUUCUGUUGCUUCAAGUCAAGUCGAUUAUGAAAAUAGUCAAUUUUAUGAGACCAUGAGUAAUAAACCACGAGAAGCUGAAUCAAUAACUCCGACAGUAGAACCCAUUGCCCCCGUAGUCAAAUACCAGCCUCUAAUUUUAAAGCCAAAAGUAGCUCAAGUCAAGGGUCAUGCCUCGCAAGUUCCUUUCGAGAAUUCACUUGCUUUUCGAUUGCAAGGAAAGUGUGCCGCAGAUUUGGGCAUCUUCAACAGUCGCAAAUUUAAAGUGUGUUUUGGUCCACAGAACAAUUUGAUUAUACCUGCGACCAAAAACUCAGCUGUUAAGAAAAUCAAAGAUGCGAGUUUGGAAAAUUUAGGUGAAAUCUUUAGUGGUCGUAAAUGCAAUGACUUUUCCCAAACCGUUUUGUACCGUCUUAAAAUUUCCUCCGCACACCACAUUGAAAACUUCGAAAAAAGCAUCGUUGAUCACUUAGAAAUUCAACUUAAGAACUCUUUGCAAGUUGAAAUCGAGAAUAGCGACUGUCCGAUGAUUAAGGCAAAUGGGGGGACUAAGUUAAUUGUAAAACACUUGGACGAAGCCAUGAAACUGUUGAAUUUGGGACCCUUGGAGGAGUAUGCAGUUUCGGUGUGGUCACUUUGUUUGGCCUUAUGGGGGGAGCAAGAGGAAUUGGAAGAUUCUGAUGCAACAAGUCAUCAUGCAGUAAUGUGGCGAAGGAAUUUACUUUCCCAAUGGCUUGAAAACACCUUAACGGAUAAGGACCUUCUAACGAAAAGCGUUUCGAAGAAUAAAUACAUUGAUCACCUUAUGGACCUGAUCAUGUGCCACAAGGUUGUCGAGGGCUGUGAGCUUGCCUUCAAGUAUGAUGAUGCAAACUUGUCGCUAUUACUAGCACAACUCUCAUCAGGGCCAGUUGUGAGGCAAUUAAUGGAAGACCAAUUGGCUGCGUGGCAUAAAGUUGAAGCGGAUAAGUUUAUAAGCGUUGAACGCUUGAAAUUAUUUAUGUUAGUAGCUGGGGUUUCAUUAAUGGACUCGUCGCAUGGACCGAUUAAUAGUCUGGAAGGUAUUGAGUGGAUUAAGGUGCUUGCGCUUCAACUAUGGUAUCUCUGCUCUCCCACUUGUUCCAUCACUGAUGCUUUGCUUGCUUAUGAGAAAGCAUUCAAAGCGGAUGAGUUCUACGCUUUGCCGCCGUCACCGCACUAUACAGAAUCAAUUGGCGACAGUGAAACACAUCCGCUCUAUGACCUGCGUUAUCACAUCUUCCAGCUCUACUCAAAACGAAGUCAUCCACUUGAAAGCCUCCUAAAUCCCCUAACUCAUACUGCAGACUUUAUGGACUUCCGUCUAAAUUGGCUUCUUUUGCAAACCUUCGAAGCUCUGGGAUAUCAUCAUUGUUCGGAGAUGUUUGAGAACCAAAUGCAUGUUGACUUCGCAUCGCAAUUAGAAAACUAUGGCCUGUGGAAAUGGUCGGUUUUUGUUUUGCUUCAUAUAAAAGAACAAACCGUACGGGAAUCACACAUUGAGAAUUAUCUAUAUCGAUAUGCAUCCGUGUCGAAUGAUGGCGUUAUAACAGACGAUGAGAAAUUUAUAAUAAACGUUUUGGGCGUGCCAGAGAAGUGGUUGGAUUGGGCGAAAGCAGUAAAAGCUGGAGCCACAGGAAACUAUCACAUGCAAGCUAAGUACUUGCUGAAAGCUCAAAAGUGGGCCGAAGCGCAUGAGGUCAUUUUUGAGCAUAUUGCUCCAGAUGCUGUAAUCAAUGAUAACAUGGACUACCUGCAUGAUCUUCUUAGUCACUUCGAUAAUCUAACCUCAAACAAAAGUAUUAAAGUACCAAACUGGUCAAAUCAGGGUCAAAUAUUUUUGGAUUUCAUUGAUAUCAAUGAGAAAUUUAAAAGUCUGAAGAAUCUACAUGAGGGUGACAUUGAAGCUCGAUGGGAAAACCUAAAACCUCAAUUGGCAGAUCUUUGUUCGCGUAUUAAUCUUCUGCCCUGCCCGACACCCAAACAUCGUUUGUGCCAGAGUGAAAUCGCCCAGAGUUUAGCAUGUUUAGUGCGUGGUGUUUUGGUUGUUUGUCCUUCCCUAAAUCCCUGUUUGACAAUUAAGAUCGCAUUAGAACGGUUACCUCUGCCGCAGGAGUUUGCACAGCAAGAGCUCAGAGCUCUUCUCGAUGCACUGGUUAUAGAUCUCUGUAAUUCAAAAGACUAAACUAAUUUUAGUUUGUAGUUGAAAAAUAAAUUUAAAACAAAAAUAGCUCUCCGUUAAGUUAAGAUUUUAGAAGUUAUUUUUUAAUUAUUAUAUAAAAAUAUUUGUAAAACAGCAAAUGUUAGAAAUGUCUGCACAACUGCAAAUCAUUAAUUAUUAUUUUGUAAUUCUUUAAAUUUUGUUUCUUUUUAUAUAAAAACAAUAGGUUCCCCUCAACAAAAACAGAAAAGUUAAUAGUUACACAAAAUUGUGAGUUGUUUAGUUUAUUUUUUUUUUAACUUGUUUUCUUAAGUUUAGUAAAUUCAAUUAAUAUAAUAAACAAAACAAAUAUA